CAAGCACUAUAAACACACAGCUUCUUCAGCUUUACCAAAUUCCCAUUUCGCGAGCCAAAGCCCUAGAAUUCGACCAUGUCAGACAAUCAAGGAGAUAAAGCGAAGCUGCUGAAUCAACCUAAGACCGAGAAUAAUGAAUACGACGAGAUGGAAAUGGAUAGUAUUCAGAAGAAGAAGGAAGUGGUAGAGAAGGGGCUUAUACCAUAUGAUCCAAGCACUCUGCCAUCAUUUGAAAUGCCUUCUCAACCGGCACAGUCCUCGUCUCCCUUCCAAGACUCGUCGUCUCCUCACGGUCUCGACAACACCCACCAUUUCGGUGAAGUAGACAUUCCCAUGCGGGAUGUACGAACUUCAUACACUGCGGAGGAGACCCUGCGAAUUUUCCAAGCCUAUGUGGACAUCACCGAAGAUCCAAUCAUCGCCAACCGACUAAAAGCAAGGACUUUCUGGGAGAAAGUCGCGGAGAGGUAUAACGAGGUGCGCCCGGGAGGUGCCCCGCAGCGCACAUCUCGUAUGCUUCGAGCCCACUUCGAUAGGGCGAACCCAGAAAUCAAAAAGUUUUGCGUCAUCUACAAUAAUCUCGAGUCGCGAGGGAGGAGCGAGGCGAAUGAGGUGGAUAUUUUAACCGAGGCGAUGACCACUUAUCAGGAGGAGAACAAGAAACCGUUCAAACACGUAAAGACUUGGGAGAAGGUUCGCCAUUGCAAAAAAUGGGCGGGCAACGGAGAAGCUUCACCGAAGAGAGCCAAGUACAGCUCCGGUGGCCAAUUCUUCAACAACGGCGAAGCCAACCCUGUUCCAAGCGAGGGUGGCGGGGGUGAGAGCUUUGAUGUGGAGCCGAGUAGCCCUGUGAUUGGGCGAAAGACGGGUAAACGAAAGACGAAGACGAAGGGGGAGGCGAUAGCCACGAGCAGUGCGGCAGCGGAGGAUAUGAAGGGGUUUCAGGUGGCACUUGAAAAUUUUAGCGAGGCAAUUUUGUUGAGUUUGUAUUACAAAGCUUACAACAAAAAUACGUCUCAAAUGAAUGAGGAGAAAUUGCGAAUGCACCUUCGCUUUCUGAAAAGUCUCGAGACUAAAUUGGGAUUCUCUUAAUGUAAAUGUAGUUGUUUUUAAGUAUGUAAUCUUUUUUAUUUUUAAUUAUGUAAUUAUUUAAUUUUAGUGAAAUUUGUAUAAUCUGAUUAUUCA